AUGCAAAUUUACUCAAAGUUGGAAAGUUUGCAUUUUUUAAAGCAAUGGAUUUGUUUUUUAGCACCUUUUCUUUUCUUUUGAAAAAGUAGAAAGAUCUGCGUCAUUCUGUCUGCUUUUUUUUUCUUUUUGAAAUGUUGGCUACUUUUUUAUUACUGAACCAAUGAAUGUUAAGCAUAAAGUUAUGGCUAAAAAAUUAAAAGAACCUAAAAUGUGAAAACACUAAUAUUUCUCAGCAUGAUUUUGCGAAAGCGAUAUCAGCCUCUGUUUCUUUCUGAAACUGGGAUCAAGCCCUUACUAAAUUUCUUCUUCUAGGCUAUGGUUGGAUGAAGUACUUGAAGGGUGUUAUGUAUUUCAAGCAAGCUUUCCGAAAGUCAAAAAAUAAAUUCGUUUCCAGGGAUAAUAAUAUAAACGUAAAAGUCCCGGUCUUGAAGUUGCAUGUUUCCACAUGAUGUGGAUGUUUCAUAGUGACUGAAACACUCUAGUUUUUUGCAUAAAUACCUGACCAUGCCAAUUUAAUUUACAACAACUAACAAACAAUCCUUUUUGAACCAUCCAAAUUAUGGCAUCCUUCAUAAUACCAUUCAAAGCCCUUUUCUUCCUUAUAGUGGUCCUGCAUUGGUCUCCCUCUGUUCUUGCUUCUUCAUCCUCCAUUGCUGCAAAUGAAAAAGAAACUCUUCUAAAAUGGAAAGCUAGCCUUGACAACAACACCCAAACUUUGCUCUCUUCUUUGUGGGUUGGAGACAGCCAUUGCAAUUGGGUCGGAAUCACUUGCAACAAGGCUGGAAGCAUCACCAAUCUAAGCCUUCCAGAUUAUGGGUUCAAAGGUACACUUCAUAGUCUCAACUUCUUGUCCUUCCCCAACCUCAUGGGUCUUCACCUUCCUAACAACUCACUGUAUGGGCCCAUUCCCUCACACAUUGGAAAUCUUUCCAAGCUCACCAAACUUGACUUGUCCAAGAAUCAUUUCUCCGGAAAUAUUCCAUCAAACAUAGGAAGGUUAUUAAGUUCACUUUCUAUACUCUAUCUCCAUGAAAACGAUCUCACUGGUCCAAUAACUAUUUCUAUUGGAAGCUUGCACAAUUUGUCCCGACUUGUCCUCUUUGACAAUAGGCUCAGUGGUUCUAUACCUAAAGAAGUUGGAAUGAUGAGGUCACUUGUUAUGCUUGAUCUUUCAGUGAACUACUUAACUGGUCCUAUCCCAGCAUCUCUGGGAAACCUAAGUAACUUGGUAUGGCUUUAUCUGUAUGGUAAUAACCUCUCUGGUUCUAUUCCCAAUGAAAUAGGACAGCUUGGAUCUCUUACCACAAUGCAACUGUUAAGUAAUAAUCUCACUGGUGUCAUCCCUAAUUCCAUAGGAAACUUAACCAAUUUGUUAAGUCUUAAACUCUUUGAAAAUAAGCUUUGCGGGUCAAUACCUCAAGAGAUAGGGAUGCUUGUAUCUCUUACAGAACUUAUUUUAUCGGAUAACAAUUUCUCUGGUUCAAUCCCCGCUCCCAUAGGAAACUUAACCAAAUUGUCUAGUCUUUACCUUUCUGAAAAUAAGCUUUCCGGGUCAAUACCUCAAGAGAUGGGGAUGCUUGUAUCUCUUACAGAACUUAUUUCAUCGGAUAACAAUUUCUCUGGUUCAAUCCCCGCUCCCAUAGGAAACUUAACCAAAUUGUCUAGUCUUUACCUUCCUGAAAAUAAGCUUUCCGGGUCAAUACCCCAAGAGAUGGGGAUCCUUGUAUCUCUUACAGAACUUAUUUUAUCGGAUAACAAUUUCUCUGGUUCAAUCCCCGCUCCCAUAGGAAACUUAACCAAAUUGUCUAGUCUCUACCUUCCUAAAAAUAAGCUUUCCGGGUCAAUACCUCAAGAGAUAGGGAUGCUUGUAUCUCUUACAGAACUUACUUUAUCUCAGAACAGUUUGUCUGGCUUCCUUCCUCCAACACUUAGCAAUGUUACUCAUUUGGAAUCAUUACAAUUAUCAGACAACCAUCUUUGUGGUCCAUUACCUGAGAAUGUAUGCCUCGGUGGACAACUCGUAUAUCUUGGGGCUAAUAACAACAAUUUGAGGGGUCCGACCCCAUCAAGUUUAGGAAACUGCAAAAGCUUGUACAGAGUUAGGCUUGACGGAAACCAGUUGACAGGAAAUAUAUCAGAAGCUUUUGGUAUAUAUCCUAAUUUGACUUAUAUUGCAUUAAGCAACAACAAAUUUUAUGGUGAACUUUCGCCAAACUGGGGGCAAUGCCAUAAUCUAACAAGCCUACGAAUCUCCAAUAAUAACAUUUCUGGAAAGAUACCACCUCAGCUGAAGCAUGCAACUCAAUUACGCGAACUCGAUGUCUCUUCAAAUCAUCUCAUUGGUGAGAUUCCCAAGGAAUUGGGAGCAUUGACAUUGAUGUACAAACUUUUGCUAAGUGGUAACCAACUUUCAGGCAAAAUUCCACCAGAGAUUGGAGUUCUUCCAAAUCUAGAACAUCUUAACUUGGCAUCAAACAAUUUGAGUGGACCGAUUCCUAAUCAACUUGGAGAGUGCUCAAAGUUAUUGAACUUGAAUUUGAGCAAGAAUAAACUUGGAGAAAGCAUUCCACUUUCAGUAAGCUACAUAAAUGGCCUUCAAAAUCUAGAUUUAAGUCAGAAUUUACUUAUUGGGGAGAUACCACAACAGCUUGCAAAAUUACAUUCCUUGGAAACAUUGGACCUUUCUCACAAUAUGCUCAAUGGUUCCAUCCCAAAUUCUUUUAAUAAUUUGCAAAGUCUGACUGUUGUGAAUAUAUCUUACAAUCAAUUAGAAGGCCCUAUUCCUAACAUUAAGGCAUUUCAUGAGGCUUCAUUUGAUGCCUUCAGAAACAAUAAGGGACUAUGUGGUAAUGCCACUGGACUAAUGCCUUGUGCUGUCGCUGCUAGAAAAAGCACCAAAGUCAUCAUUUUCAUUGUGCUUCCACUCUUUGGUCUUCUUCUUUUGCUCUUUAUCAUAGCUGGAAGUUUCCUUAUUCUUCGCCGAAAGAACCAAACCAGAAAAUCCGAGUCAAUCGAGGCAAAACUUGGAGAUUUUUUCACAUUGUGGGGAUAUAAUGGAAGAAUACUCUAUGAGAACAUUAUUGAAGCCACUGAAGAUUUCAGCUCCAACAAUUGCAUUGGUUCAGGAGGCUAUGGAGCUGUUUAUAAAGCUGCGCUACCCAUUGGUGAGGUGGUUGCGGUGAAGAAACUUCACCAAUCUGAAGAUAGCAUGAUUUCCAACAACUUGAAAGCCUUUGAAAGCGAGAUUUAUGCUUUAUCAGAAAUAAGGCAUCGUAACAUUGUGAAGCUGUAUGGCUUUUGUUCACAUCCAAAGAACUCAUUUUUGGUUUAUGAGUUUGUAGAAAGGGGAAGUUUGAGAAUGGUGUUAAGCAACAAGGACGAGGCAAUGAAGUUGGAUUGGGAGAAGAGGCUAAAUGCUGUAAAAGGAGUGGCCAAUGCCUUGUCUUAUAUGCAUCAUGACCAUUCACCACCGAUAAUUCAUCGAGACAUUUCCAGCGACAAUGUUCUUCUGGAUUUGGACUAUGAGGCUCAUGUCUCAGAUUUCGGCACAGCCAGGCUUUUAAAACCUGACUCUUCCAAUUGGACCUCACUUGCUGGCACUUUCGGGUACAUAGCUCCAGAGUUGGCUUAUUCAUUGAAAGUAGACGAGAGAUGUGAUGUUUAUAGUUUUGGGGUGCUAACAAUGGAAAUAUUUAUGGGGAGGCAUCCUGGUGAUUUGAUUUCAUGUUUACCAUCAUCGUCAUCGGCACUGGCAUCAACAUCGACAUCAAUACCAAAUGACAACCAACUGAUUUUACUUAAAGAUGUGAUAGACCAACGCCUCUCACCACCGGUAAGGCAAGUUGCAAAGGAUGUUGUCUCUACUACAAAGCUAGCAUUUGCAUGCUUGAAUGGCAGUCCCCAACUUCGGCCAACCAUGAGACAAGUUGCUCAAGCCCUUACCCAUCAAUCGCUUCCAUUGCCCAAUCCUUUCUCAAUCAUAAAAUUGGGAGAAUUGUGGGAUCAUGAAGUUUGCAGUGACUAAUAUUAAGGUGCUAACAAUUUGAAUAAUAAUUCUAAGCAUGUCUAUUUGCUUUCCAUCUAUUUCUUUUUCUCUUACUUGUAUCGAAAUGUUUAAGCACUUUAUAAUAAAGCUUUUGUAGUGAAUCAGCUAUGACAUGGAAUAGUUGUGUUUAAGCACUCAAUUUGUAUGUUCAAAAUUUCUUAUUUUUGAAAUGUAACUAAUGGCCAGACUUAGAAUUUCGACUUGCAAUAUCAGUUGUAAUAUUCUACUGUAGUACCGAUUUGCUACAGUACUUUCAUUUUGGAAUACUAUUGCAAUUCUAAUAUGACUUUUUUAUUUGUUUGAACAAACAAAGAAUACAAUUGGUGAGCAUACCAAAUUACAAUAAACACAACUUCACACAAUAAUCUUUUGAUUUUAUUAUUUAUUCACCAUUUAUUCUUAUACUUACUAAUACACAUUAUUUCUCACAAUUUCAUCUUUUUAACCUUUAAUCAUUCACUGCCUUUGAAAUCAUUCAAAAUUUAAUUGUAAUUAUAUUGAGUACACUUGAA